AGUUUCUCGGCCUUGAAUACAGAUAGUAGCACCCGACUGACACACCGGAUAGAAGAUAAAAACGUUGACAUGAUAGGGGCACGCCGCGGAAAGUUUUCCUCCCGUUUGGUCUCGCCAUUGAGUAGCAGCGGUCUGCAGCACGCCGCCGGGGCGUGAACUCAGCAGAAGGAGUUGCACCGCCGGGACUGCAGCCGGACGUCUGCGAGGAUGGAUUGCAUGGCAUUGGACGUCUCGGCCUGCUUGAUGCAGCGCUACGAGUUUGUAGACUUGAACUUGUCUAUCGCACAGCACAUCUACGCGGAUGUGGAGAAGCAUCGCGAUCGGUGGUUAUUCUUUUCUCGAACUCUCGGCUGUGGAGUCGACUGGCCGCCGGAGGUAGUCGUGCGUUUGACUGGUUUUCGUUUGUAGGAAUUUUGUUUUCCCCACUCCUUGGAUCUGUUUCUGUGCGAAAUCAAUGCUGCUCUAGAGGCCACUGGCCUACUGUUUAUGCACGUUCUUGCAGGUGAAAGACACGGUGCUGUGGGCUUGCAGUAAUCGUGACCGGUUUCUGAAGUUCCUCAGCAGCUGCAUUCACCCCGCUUUACUAGACAUUCGGUGUGAGAUGCUUCGACAAAAGCGUCUGAAGUCGGAGGGAAGACGAGCGGUAAGAACUACAUAUUUUUUCAUGCAUUUUUUCCCACUCGGCGUCAACGGUGAAAAACUCAAUUGCACAUUGAUGACUUUCGAGACCUAAACGCGAUUACGUAAGUGCGUUGUAUCAUUUCGAUAGGCUCGACGGUCCGCGCGGAUACGCAGUGCACGCCGGUAUUCCUCGCCGCUGCACCGAUUUGCGGACGCGUCUCUGACGCCGCGAGUCGACUUGUCUACAACUCCUGCUGCCGAGGUGAAACCCAACCGACCGCGAAGCGCAUCUACUGCGCAAACAGAGGAGGGGUUCCAGCACACACACCCGGUCCCGGGGGUGUUUUUCUUCUUGCCACCGGAAAAAGCGGCACCCGCCCCGGCGAAGAGCGGUGCCCGCACGGGCACCAAAGCAGCAGCGACCAGCCCAAAAGGAAAAACCUCGCCGAAGCCAAAAGCCGCGGUGAGCAGUCCUACGGCUUCGGCGGCGCAUCCAAGCGGCCGGGGGGGAAAUUCCCCGCCCCUGCUGAUCGGCGAGAUGUUCGGCGAAGGAACCGCGGCGAGUCCGCCGAUGAGCGUUGCGUCCAGCCGAUCGCAGGUCUCGCAACUAACGGGAAAGCGGAGUUAUUCCCGGGAGGUGGGUGGAGGAGCUGCUUCCUACCCCGCCCUCCGGACCUUGCCGCCGGGCGUCAACUCCGAAGGAGAGGCCAUUUUUCCGAGCGGAAUUGAGAGGUCCGUUGCAGGGAAGGCGGUGCUGAACGCGAUCGGCUUAAGUAGCGAGACGCCACCGGUGGUAGCAGGAGGGGGAAAUGCGGUCCCGGCGGCGGCGGCGGAGGCCAAAACCACCACCGACCCGGAGGCCGCAAAGCCGAAAGCGGCAAAGCCGGGAAAAAAGAGUGGCCCCGCGUUUGCGAGCGACUCUCGUCCCUCGCGCGAGGAGCGGCGCUUAGGGCGGUUGGCCGCGGAGCAAGCGGAGAAGGAGAAGCAGGUCCUGAACCGGCCGCCGAGCAAGGAAAUCGCUUCUAGAUCGCCUGCGUCUCCGGUUGCGACGUCUUUGUCUCCGAAGUCCGGCGACAGCGACGAUGCGCAUGUGCCGCAAAACAUCGAAAAGCGCAUCAUCACGCGUCAAGCGACCGCGUUGAUGGCGCUGGAGAAAGUGGAAGAGCCGGUCGUGGAGCCGCCGCCUCCUCCCCCGCCGCCUCCCCCGCCCGUGAGCACAGCUUGGGACAAACAGAAGUGGAUUCAGACGCAGUUUCUGCGCUCCAAUUUGUUCGACCGAGAUCGCGAUCAACCGAACUUAACGGCGCUGCGAAAGGAGGACCGGUGGAAGAUGGUGGACACUCUGCCACUGCCCAUCAACGUCCGUGUUCCGGGAGCGGGCGACGUACCAGAAGACUCGCGUGCCUCGAGUCUCGAGGUGAACCCACGGGGCAUGAGCACGGAAGAGGCGGAGUCGGACUCGUCCGCGCGCGCAGGCGGGGGACUGGAGGUACGUAAACUUCUUGAUUUUAGUCAGAAAAGACAUCAUCUUACUCUAAUGUUUUGAAGAUCGAUGACCGACGGUCAUGUCCAUUUGUUUCACAGUGCCAUUCUUAUCAAACAGCGACUAUCCGGCUCAUCGAUUCAGCGGACGGGCACACCCCCGCGACAGAGCAAGAUUGCGCACCACUUGGGCGUGGACGAAUUUCACCCGGACGUGCUAGAUAUGGAGCGCGAGGACCUGAUUAAGUACAUGCGACACAUGCAGCAGCACUCUGCGCAGCCCGGCAAGACCGCAGACACUUUCUCCCGGAAGAUGCGGGCGCUAAUCUCGAACCUGAACGUCAACGACAAGGACCGGAGAGCGGAUCUGCCAUCGCUGGAAGAACUUCUGGCCGCACAGAAAAAUCAAUCGGUAACAUCGUCGUCAGCAAACAAGGCAAGAGCCGUCUCAGUUCCGAGAACGAUAAACUCCCCGCGGACCAAUUUUCCGGCGCCGACCGCACUGAAGCUCGCACCGCCGCCCCCCUUGGCGGUUCCCGCACUUGCGGACCCGCCGGCAAUGUUCCGAAAUUUUUCCCCACCGCGAAGACGCGUGGAGGUGGAGAGGAGUGUUUCACCCGCAAAAACGGAUCAGCAAGCUCGCACGCCGAUACUAGAACAACGAGAGUUGCCGCGCGUGUCGUUACCGGCGCAGCAAUUCGAUCUGCGCUCUGGGCAUGCAGGCGUUCCGAAAACCUCGCUGUUCGGCUUCGCAGCAGGAGCGCGAGGCACGCCGCCAAGUGCGAAGAAAAACAUCUUUGACUUUCCAAGUGCGCCCCGAGCACCAUCCAGCGCCCUUGCGGUGCAAAGCUACACUGCAAACAGCGGGAGCAGCGGUUCGGGUGCAAAAGAGGCACAGAGGCAGUAUCUCCAGCUCGCUGGCAGAAACACCGCCGACAUUCUGGGAACAACCGAAGACGAUAAUAACUGCAACGUAGACCACAGCCCCGACCACGAGGCCAAGCGGAGAGAAGUCCCAAAUGCGCUCGAGAACCGCAGCGGCAGCCGCAUGCUUUUCUUCCCCGAGCCGUCGCCAACUUUCGGAAGUCGCGCAGCCGCCCUCGUUCGCGAGCUGCUAGGGCAGGAGCUCUACGGCGAAGCAGAUGUGUCUGCAGAGCUUCUCGAAUUUGCAGAAGAAGUAGCCGGGUGGAGUCCCAAGAAAGUGGAGGCCGUGAUGCAAACAGGCGACGAGCUGCAUAGCGCAACGAUUGCUACCGACACCAGCGCUGCUAGGGAGCGAAAACACAAUGAACAUCAAGCACCUCCGUGCCUCACACCAAGAUCAACUGUUUUGCCAACACUGAGCCAACCACAUGAACAAGGUGACAUCAAGCCCAUGCUGGACAAGAAGCUCCUGGGUCAAGACGCUUGCCUGGAGAUGAUGCGACUGAUGGGAGCACCGAGUGCAACCUUGCGCGAAGCGUCCUAUCGCGCGAAGUGGGAGGAAGAGAUGAACCAAGUUUGUGCUCCCGAACAGAGUGGUCACGAUGGAGAUGAUGCGAGAAAUCAGUACAUCCAGGCGGACACGGAGGACGACAGCGUAUUGGGGAAAAGAAACGAGAACAGUCAGCGAAGUGGUAGUUUCAGUGAAGAACGUGAAAUAAACGGCGUGGAGUCAGAGUACCAGCAGACGCUAGUCGGGAACACGGCUCUGUAUCCAGUGCCUGAACAAGAUGACAGCAGCGAGGACUGCUCGUCCGACGACGACGACGACGAAGAAGAAAAAACGAUCGAGGCGUCGCAGCGGAUUGGUGACAGCUCGAGCGCAGCAGCGGUGGAACCUCUACAAAGCUUUCUGUGUUCCAGCAGCAGCAGAGAAGCACUAGACCAGCAGGCGGAGCGCAACAACGCGCACGAAAACGGCACAUCUGGAUCGACAACGAGAAGAAGAGCAAUGAAGCACAGCAGGAGGGGAGCGGUAGUACCCUCCUCAUCCAACAACAGAAACCUCUUCACGUCUCUCCUGAAAGGCCCUGCUAGUCGGUGGUUCGGUGGGUCUUCAUCUGCUUCUCCCGCGAAAUCGUAUAACUCAUCGGGAGGUGACGACUCGGUCCGCACUGCCAGUCCUUUGGUGGAGGGACAGCAUUGCAUUCCGUGGCUGAGACCGAAAAAGAAGAACGACGCGGAUUUGCGUGGCUUGCCGUUGCUUUACUACGGCGAACCGGAAGAUGAUUCUUCUGAAGAGGAGAGCUCUAUUCCCGAUGAGAAGCAGCCGCUGGGACAAGCAAAACCGCCUCCGAUGAAGUACUACGCGGAACAAUACGAAUCUUCUUCCGAAUACGCACUCACUAGCGGGCUGUCUGCAACAGAAAGCGCGGCCGCCAGCGACCGAGCGGGCGGGAAUAACAGCGAGCCUCCCGUAGUAUUCUCCAACGAAAUACUAGCGCGGCGGUACGCAGCGGAGGGGGAACAAACUAACGCGGAGCCGACGAUAGAGUCCGGAGGAGGUCCACCUGUGUUUGCUCCGACCACCGCCGUGACAUCAACCAACAAGUCGCCCAUCCAGUAUUCAAACGCGUUGGUCCGCCCUGCAAGUUCCCCGAAGCCGACCAGUAUGGCGAGACGGAUCGGUAGCACGUCCUCCCCGCCAAGGACGCAAAGCCCGGACGGGAUUUCGCAGCGAACGCAGAAUGUCGCAGAGAUUCUGACGGCCUUGAAUCGCCUGAAGUGCGGUGUCUUAAACAUUCAACCGAUACGAAACGCGCCAACACUGACACGGCGGUUCGAAGAGACACCGGUCGGACCGCUUGCUGUGCCGCAGUUGAAAGCGGAAAAAGUGCCGCUUCCCACUCCGAACACCAACGCUUUAGGAGCGUUGCGGGCGCGCAAGACGCACAACCUGUUUACACACUUGCACGACACAAACUCGGUGAACAAUGCCGGGCAUCACCAGCAGCAGGAACAAAGUACUACAAGAAACAGCAAAGUUUCUGAGGUGUACGCGGAGUUCGCAUCCGAUGCUGAGUCGGAGCACAAAAGCUUUAAAGCAGCUCUGGCGGAAGAUCAUCACUCAAAAUCCAGAGACACCCACCGAGGCAGCACGCAGUCGUUGGCCGCGUUCUACGAGAAAUGGAUGUCGAAGGAGAGUCGUGAUUCGAAUGCCGCGGCGGAGAGAGAGAGGAUGGCAGUGUUGAAGCAGAAGGCCGAGUCCGCAAGGUUGGCGGCGCUCGCGCCCAGAGGACCACCUUCGAGGGGUCCGCUUUCCGCCGCGGGGUCGUCGCACCAUACUUCUACCCGGCAGCAACCCGCGGAACCUCGGGAGCACACGCCGAUGCGGGGUGGUUAUGUUGCCAGGGGACCGGUACGAAUCCCAGAAGGAGAAGUGCCGCACUUAGAGCCUUCUGUGCGACCGGCAGCUCCCGCGAUGGCAGACCACUACACUCCAAGAGUAGAACAAGAAGAAGAUGAAGAAGAAGAAACUUCACCAGUAGCAGCACCGAAAACGACAGACUUCGCAGCAGAAGCGCAGGCCUACGCAGAGGCGUUCGGCAACAAUAUCAAGCAGGCGCGUGCGAAUCUUGCCGUCGGACAAAACAUAAUAACUGGCGUCCAGUUGUCGCCUAUGAAGAAUUUGGCCGCAAUAAUUGCAGAAGAAGAGGAAAGCGAGCGCAAGGAGCGGAUACGAAGAGCGGAAAUGAAAAAACACAAUCAAGAGGAGAUCCGUGCGGCGUCCGUGGGCGGCUUCUCGCUUCGGCAGCCCGACGGGGACCGGGAUACUUCGGUUGAAAAAAACUUGAUCGAAAGGCCGAACUACUUCACGCCCGAUCUGGAAACCUCUUUCGCCGAACAGAACACCCUGUUCCAAAACGCGUUCAAAAAAGCAUUUUCUAUUGUCGCGAAGGGUGGAAAGCAGUACGUCCGCAAACCGGGCACGUCGCGCUACCUGUUUGGCGCCGAAGAGCCAAAACCUGCCUCGCCACCGGAAUCGCCCCCGGCAAAGGCGAAAGACCGCGUGUUUCGCGACCGCAGACGGUUGGAAAACACGGAAGAACACAAAAUGCUGCAGGCGAGGCUACGAGGAGAGUACGUACCACCGCAGGAGAGGAGUUAUUUGGUCCGCGGGAGCGACCAGACGGAAUCAUUGCUGUUUGUGCCGUCGCUGCGAACUGGCGGCGCAAGCGUCGUUGGAGGAUCACCGGCAAAGGCAGCGCCACCCUCCUCCCCGAGCUCGCCCGAAGACGGCGGUGGCGGGCUUGCGUCGCCGACACCGUACCAGUUUGCGCCGUGGCUGCAGAAGCUGCUCGAUAAGCGGAUUACGCCCAUGGGUACAGCGAAGGAGGAGAAGAAGGACGUAUAGAUUCUUUGGUUUUUUUUGUCGGCAUUGGAUGCACUUGUAUUCUCACUCUGAGGUUGACUGUUGUAAUUGCUGAAGAUGCCUUUGCCUGCUGUAUGUCUAAAACGCAUGAACUUCGCAGGAUGUUGACCGCCGGGCCUACGUGACGGUGAUAGACGACACCGCCCAACCUUCAACGACUCCUGAGCCGAUUCGCAGCUCCGCCGCCCAAGCAGCCCAGUUGCAGGAGCCGGAAAGUCCGACGUUGCCGCAGUCUGCGAUGCCCGUAGCCGUUCCGCCACCGGCCGAACCGGUCGUAAUUGUGAACAACGCGGACGAUGACGGUACUAUACCAAUUGUCGUCGACACAAUGCCGGUUUCUGCUCCCGACGGUCCUGUCGUGAAAAAGAAAGCAGCGACAAAAAAGAAAGCCAGCACGUCGACCAAGAAAGCGGCAUCGGAUCUCCAAUCGACGUCUCCCGCGGUAGCCGCAAAAAAAGCCGGAGCAAGUAGUAAAGCGGCGAGCGCAAAGUCCCCCGUGGCCGCCGCGAAGAAGGCAGGAACGCCGAAAGUCGCCGGAAAAUCUCCACCACCAGCGGUGAAAGGAAAAGCGAAAGCGAAGGUACGUAUCGAGGGCGAGCACAGCGCGGCGCCACCACCGGAAUUGCGGGUGCUGGAAGUCGGUGACGGGGUGGUUUUGGUGGAAGACGCGAAUCCAGCGAGCGAUGUACAAACCAGCCAAGCUGAAAAUAUGUGAGCGUGUACUUUGUAUGAUCAGAAUUUUUAGUACGUCAUCUUGAAGGAUUCUGCAGCAAUACAAGCAAUGAAACUACGAUUUGUAAAGUGUAUCAUCUCUGAGGACGAAGUUUCAAAUUCAAAUGUAGGAUGUUGCUACGAAAAUGAAAUUAAUGUUAGCUGUCGGAAACAGUUUCAGUUCUUUACCAAUGUUGAUCCUAGUUAGCACGGAAAGACUAUUCUACUGACUUUUACUUCUCACGUAUGUAGGUGGAAAAAUACACGUGGGGCUUCCUCCUGCCGUGAAGCAGUGCCCACGAAUCUAAUACUGUAUUCAAAAACUGAAUUAAUGUACUACCAGACGUAAUCGUGAUCGUUUCCCUCACAACGGGCAACCUCCAACACUGUAGAAUAAGUUUCUUGUCGCAGCCCGUGAGAUUGACAGAAUGUACUUUUCCUAGAUUCCAAAAGGUACAACUUUGGAAU